AUGUCGCAAUUUAUCCGCAAGCUGCAGGGCGGCAACCUCGAAGUCUUCAAGUUCGGCAUGUACGUUCUCUUUCCAAUCGGCUGGAUGUACUACUUCGGCACGAACCUGGACGACCGCUUCGCCACGAAAAACUUCUGGCCCACCGCCGAACAAUCAAACAAGAUUCCCCUGGACAAGGAGGAGAUUGAUCAGGAGUUGGCACGUAUGCGGAUGGUGGAUUCUAUGCGGAGGGAGCGGAGGGAGGCGCAGGCGGCUCAAUUUGCUGCUGCUCAGGCACAGGUUCAGGCACAGGGACAGGGGCAGCAGAGUGAGCAAUGA